CUCGUAGAAGGUCAAAAAUCUUCACAUUUAUUUGUUUUAGUCUUUGCGUGAGUGUUAACUUCUUUUUUUAUUUAAGUUUUACUUGAAGCAGCUAUUUGCAAAAAAAUCAACAAUUCAAUCCAGUUAUAUCGCUGUAAAUUAGUGUACGUUUUGGUGCUCAGUCUAGUGGCAAUGCUCUCUUGUAGGUGCCUUUAAUAAUUUCCAGAGAUUAUCCUGUUCUGCAUGAUGUGGAAAAUUUGCAACCUCAGCCGAAAUCAAUACUUUCUGGCAGGGUUGUUGAUUGGUUUCCUGUAUAGUUACUACCUGCCCCAGGAUUUGACGGAGAUCGUUACCGAGUGUCCUGAGGCAACUGAGCGAGAACAUCAACUCGCAGAUGAAGCCCGCUAUGGCAGCGAGUUUGAGCCGCAACUGAAUUUAGAGCAAAAACCUAUGACGGCUAAGAAGCAAGUCAAAAACAUUGUCCGUCCUCGCUACUAUUACACUGAGCUUGGAAUUCGCGAGAAAUUGUUCGUCGGGGUAAUGAGUACACAGGAAAAUAUUGACUCUCUAGCGACGGCUAUCAACAAGACAUCUGCACACUUGGUCAAUAAAAUCAAGUUCUUCAUUAAUGCCGAUAAUGUAAAAGCUAACUUUAAGCUUAAGAACAUUGUCGGUUUUACAGACACUCGGGAAAAUCUCCGACCGUUUCACGUUUUAAAAUACAUUGCGGACAACUAUUUGGAUGAUUAUGAUUACUUCUUGCUGGUCUCAGACACUUCUUACAUCAACGCUCGGUUGCUUAGAGAAAGACUGUCUCACAUCAGUAUAAGCUUUAAUAUCUAUAUGGGAACUCCUCACACCGCCAGUCCGAUAGAGGAAAAUGAAAAUCCGUCUGACACUCAGUACUGCGAUCUUCACGCUGGGAUUGUUCUUAGUAGCAGCGUAAUUCGUAAGAUCCGAGCCAACCUUGAUUGGUGCGUGCGUAAUGCUGUCUCCAAUCAACACAAUCUCAACAUCGGACGUUGCGUGAAAUACUCCACCAAAAUCGACCGCUGUCAGACGGCAUGGCAAGGAAUUAACGUCACUAGUUAUAAGCUGAACAGCUAUAAAAUCUACCGAGAUCUACAUAUGAUCAAGCACGAUGACGCAUUUAAUAAGGCUUCCGUCAUCUAUCCGAUCACCACAGCGGAUGAUUUCUACCUGUUGCAUACAUAUUUUUCUCGUGUUCAUCUGGAAGAAAUCAAUCAGCAGAAACAAAUCAUCCAAAAGGAAGCAUCUACCAUUUCAAACGGAAGCCUCUCGAACGACAUCCUGGAAGUUCGCUGGCCGCUGGGUGUCCCAAAGCCAAAUCCUCCUGAAUCGCGCCACGACAUCGUUGCCUGGACCUAUCUUAAUCUAACACAUUCCUUCAUGUGGAAUUCGGAGGUUAACGCUCGUCAUUUAUCAGCUGUUGAUGCUGAAGAUAUAAGAAACAUUGUGAAUAAAACUAUUCUGGAAGCCUAUCGAACUCAGCCAGAACUGGAAUAUCGUCAGUUGCAUUCAGCUUACCGCCGGUUCGAUGCUGUGCGUGGUAUGGAUUAUCGGUUACAUUUGACUUUCUACGACCGCAAGCGUCGUACAUCCGUGCUUAAAAGUUUCGAAGUCGUCAAGCCGAUCGGACUGAUCGAAAUCGUUCCGUCACCGUACGUCACAGAGAGCACCCGCAUAGCUAUUUUGCUACCGAUAUUUGAACAUCAGGUGGCAGAAGCGUUGCAGUUCGUGCAGAGCUACGAACGAACAUGUAUGGAUAAUCAGGACAACACGUUUCUUAUGCUGAUUUUUUUCUACCGAAUGGACACUCCAAGCAAAGGUGAUGGAGAUUUGUUUUUGCCGCUGAAAAAUCUUGCUCUGGGUUUGACUGAAAAACACAAACAGGAUGGUUCUCGCAUUGCAUGGGUUUCGAUCCGUUUGCCACCAGAGUUAAGUCAGCCAGCCAACCCAAACCACCUUCUGUCGACUUCUUUGUAUGGCCCAAAUCAAUUGCUUAGCUUCGCAGCAACCGAUCUAGCGCUGCGUAAGAUCGGAUUGGACAGUUUGGUAAUGAUGUGCUCGAGCGGUGCCACCUUCCGGCCGGAUUUCUUGAAUCGUGUCCGUAUGAAUACCAUCGCUGGCUUCCAAGUGUUUGCUCCGAUUGGAUUCGCCAUGUACCCUUGUGGAUGGACUCGACAAUGUAAGGAAUGCGAUGGAUGUGAUGUUGGCCAAAGUAGUGGAUACUUCGACCGGUUCAAUUAUGACGUUGUGUCGUUCUACAGCCGUGAUUAUGUGGAAGCUCGGAAGCUACUAGAACAAAAAUUACCUAUCGUCCUAAGCGAUAGAGACAUCGGCAAUCUGGUUAACUAUACUCAGGAAACAUCCGCUGUAGACAGAAUCGAAAACGUGGUGGAGUUGUUCGUUAAAGCUGAUAGCAAAAUUCACGUACUGCGUGGAAUCGAACCGAAUCUGCGGUUUGGGCGAGCUCUGGAAAAUUUUCUAUCCCACGAUCCGGAAGGGGAUGCAUUGCUGCGACUGCACUGUGAAGAAACGAGUGAAGAGCGCUGUGCUCGAAUCGCUUCCAAGAAGCAAAUUGGAGAUGUUCUAGUGCAGUACGCAAACAGCAGAUUAGAGAAGUCGAACUCGGAGAAAUAGGACGAAACGAUAGAUGCUUAUAUGCCUUAUUUCAUAGCAGAAAGUAGUCAACAUUUACGCUAUUUUCUCUCGCAUUUAGUAUUCUUGCCAAAACAAUGCGUUUCUAUCAUGCAAUUUAGUGGUAAAGUUUAGCGUAAAUAAUGUACUCUUCAGAAGAUAUACAAAAACUAUUUUAUUUAGAAUAAAAUUAUCUUUUUUAUAAGUGUUUUCAGACAACCUAAA